AGGAGGCUCUUCUGAAGCUGCUGCCAGUGGUCAAAGCCUCCAACACAGCUCUAUUGAGCAGCUGUAACCUCUCAGGUAGAGUCUGUGAAGAUUUGUUGUCAGUUCUCAGCUCCCAGUCAUCUAGUCUGAGAGAGAUGGACCUGAGUACCAACAGCCUGAAAGAUUCAGGAGUAAUAAAGCUGUCUGCUGCAGUGGAUAGUCGACACUCUAAACUCGAAAUUCUCAGACUGAGUGUGUGUAACCUCCCCAAGAAAUGCUGUGAAUCUCUGUCUUCAGUUCUUAGCUCUCAAUCUUCAAGUCUGAAAGAGCUGGACCUGAGUAUCAACCACCUGCAGGAUUCAGGACUGCAACUUCUAUCUUCUGGACUGCAAAGUCUAAAUUGUAAACUGAAUACGCUGAGACUAAGUCAAUGCAACUUCUCAGAGAGAAGCUGUGAAGCUCUUUCCUUGGUUAUCAGCUCCCAAUCCUCUAGCCUGAGAGAGUUGGACCUGAGUAACUCUGACCUGCAGGAUUCAGGAGUGAAGUAUUUAUUUGUUGGACUGGAAAGUCCAAACUGUAAACUGGAAAUUCUCAGUCUGUCAGGCUGUCUGAUCACAGAGGAAGGCUGUACUUCUCUGGCCUCAGCU